UGAGAGGGUGACCUCGCUGGGGGGUGCAGGGAUGGUGAGUGAGAAGGAGAAUCCACAGCGGGAAAAUUGUGAGGACGUGGAUCUGCAGGGAACAGUAUUGGGAAGAACCGAGGGGAAUUUUUACCAGGAUCGUAAACGAGGAAAACCUUGUGGAACUCAGCGCAGGUCGGAGAGGCUGCUGGGAUGCAACCCAGGGAAGAAACCGUGUGAACCCAUAAAUGAUGGUGGAGAUUGCAAGGACCUCAAGGAAAGCACAGCCAAGCAGAGAAUGCCCAGAGAAGAGAAAAAAAACACAUGCAGCGAGUGUGGGAAAAUCUUUAUUCGGAGGUCACAUCUUAUUUCACAUCAGAAGGUCCACACAGGAGAGAAGCCCUACAAGUGCCUUGUCUGUGGGAAAGUUUUCAGUCAGAGCUCAAAUCUUAUUUCCCAUCAGAGGAUCCACACAGGAGAGAAACCCUAUAAGUGCCUUGUCUGUGGGAAAGGUUUCAGUCACACUGCAAACCUUAUUUCACAUCAGCGGAUCCACACAGGGGAGAAACCCUAUAAAUGCCUUGACUGUGGGAAAGGUUUCAACCAGGGUUCAAACCUUAUUAGGCAUCAGAGAACCCACACAGGUGAACAACCUUAUAAAUGCCUGGAAUGUGGGAAAAGCUUCAUUCAGAGCUCAGAUCUUAUUAGGCAUGAGAGAACCCACACAGGUGAGAAACCCUAUAAAUGUCUGGACUGUGGGAAAAGCUUUGUUCUGAGCUCAGAUCUUAUUUCACAUCAGAGUGCUCACACGGGAGAUAAACCCUAUAAGUGCCUGGAGUGUGGGAAAAGUUUCAAUCAGAGCUCAUACCUAAUUUCACAUCAGCGAACGCAUACAGGAGAGAAACCCUAUAAAUGCCUCGAGUGUGGGAAAACAUUCAGCUGGAACUCAAAUCUAAUUUCACAUCAAAGAACUCACACAGGAGAGAGACCAUAUAAGUGCCUGGACUGUGGGAAAAGGUUCAUUGACAACACAGCCCUUAUUAAACAUCAGAGAAUGCAUACAGGAGAGAGACCCUAUAAAUGCCUCGACUGUGGGAAAAGUUUCAGUCGGAAAUCAACCCAUAUUGGACAUCAGAGAAUCCACAAAGGAAAGAAACCUUGAAUGUGGGAGAAGCUUCAGCUGGGGUCAGUUUGUAUCACACAUCAGGAAAGUCAUACAGGGAAUAGACCUCUUAAAUAUCUUUAACAUGGAAAAUGCUUAGAGUGGAAUUGACAUUAGAGACUCCUCACAGGAGAGAAAUUCUAUCAAUUCCAUCACUAGGAUUGGCCAUAGUUUAUUUUAAAAAAUCCAAUUCCCCUGCAUGUAUCUUUGAUUUCUUUCAUGCUAAGUCAGACUCGGGAGGGCUGCAGAUGAAAAUGUUGCAGACCUGGAGGGAGAAUUCAAAUGAAUCCCCCACACUGUGUGAUUGUUCUGAGCUUAAAUUCCAGUUUCCAUCAAAUGGGAAUUUGGGUUUUCUCCUUUCAUUAGGAUGGUGUUAAAACUUUUGCAACCAACAUGACAAUAUAAGAAGGCGCCGAAUGAAGCAGGUCUUGAUAGUUCAGAGGAGAGUAUGGGUAAGUCUGUUCUCCUGAUUUUGAAUCAACUGGAACAUGCUCUGGGAUGUCACUAUAUAUGAACCUGAAAGUUUCUUAUAGUCCACCCUGUAUUGUGGAUUGUUCUCUAUUUGCUGAAGGCCAUUUGGUCACCUAGCAGUUUUGUUUUAUAGUGCAGAUUUAGUGGGGACUCCAAAAGACAAAUUACCAUUUGCCAGAACGCCCUUCCUUUAUUUGUACCAUUUUCCAAACCUUUGCCAUGAGAUCUUAGUGUUGUUUGAACAAUGAUUAUUAUACAUCACCAUCAGCACAAACACCAAUGGGGCCCGUCUGAGAGUCGCAGGCCGAGAGGCAGAGACUGAAACAGGGAAGGAAGUUCCUGCUGGAUUCCUGCAGUGACGUGAGAUACAGUCGGGAG